AGAACACGAAGAAAGAGAAAUUCAAGGCCUUAGGUAGGGGCAGAGAAAAGAUCUUAAGAGAAUGGUGAACAUUAGAGUACAAAAAGGUCCGGAAUCUCCGAGGACGAUGGAGGUGGGAGAAAUAGACACCAGAGCACCAUUCCAAUCGGUGAAAGCUGCGGUGAGCUUAUUCGGAGAAGUUGCAGUCUCUAGGCAAAGAAGUACUCCAAGGCGAUCACGACUUUCCUCUGAGAGCGUUUGCGACAAAGAAACACAGCUAAUGCUGGUCAACAAGGAAUUCAUGAAGAUCAAGCAAAAGCUUGACAACGCUGAGAGCACAAGAUCUCGUGCUCUUGACGAUCUCUCAAAGGCAAAGAAGACAAUGGAGGAUCUUAGCAACAAACUUGAGACUGUCAACAAGUCCAAGCAAUCCGCUAUUGACACCAAAGAAACUGUCCAACAGCGCGAAGAACAGCUUGAGCAUGAUAAGUGUCAUGGCUCUCCUCCUCACCACCAUGAACUUGACGUUGCUAGAGAACAAUAUAUCUCCACCACCGUUGAACUCGAUGCUGCAAAACAGCAGCUCAACAAAAUUAGACAGAGCUUUGAUUCCGCUAUGGAUUUCAAAGCCACGGCCUUAAACCAGGCUGCAGAAGCGCAACGUGCACUCCAAGUCAACUCUGCGAAAGUUAACGAGCUUUCCAAGGAGAUAUCGGAUAUGAAAGACGCGAUUCAUCAGCUCAAGCUAGCGGCUGCUCAGAAUCUGCAGGAGCACGCCAAUAUUGUGAAGGAAAAAGACGAUUUACGAGAAUGUUACAGAACUGCUGUUGAGGAGGCAGAGAAGAAACUGCUAGUGUUGAGGAAAGAAUAUGACCCUGAGCUAUCAAGAAAUCUUGAAGCCAAGCUGAUAGAGACAACCUCAGAGAUUGAGGUUUUACGGGAGGAGAUGAAGAAGGCUCAUGAAUCAGAGAUGAACACAGUUAAAAUCAUUACAAAUGAGCUUAAUGAAGCAACGAUGAGGCUACAGGAGGCUGCGGAUGAUGAAUGCUCUCUCCGAAGCUUGGUGAAUUCUCUUAGGAUGGAAUUAGAAGACUUGAGAAGAGAACGCGAAGAGCUUCAGCAGAAAGAAGCAGAGAGGUUAGAGAUUGAGGAAACAAAAAAGUUGGAAGCUCUCAAGGAAGAGAGCUUGAAACUGGAGCAAAUGAAAACAGAAGCUAUGGAAGCAAGAAACGAAGCUGAAAAUAUGAAUAGGAAGAUAGAGAGUCUGAAGAAAGAAACCGAGGCCGCGAUGAUAGCUGCAGAGGAAGCUGAAAAGAGACUAGAGCUUGUUAUAAGAGAAGUUGAAGAGGCGAAAUCCGCUGAAGAGAAAGUCCGCGAAGAGAUGAAGAUGAUAUCUCAGAAGCAAGAGAGCAAGAAACAUGAUGAUGAAUCAUCUGGUUCAAAGAUAAAAAUCACAAUUCAAGAGUUUGAAUCGUUGAAACGUGGAGCAGGGGAAACAGAGACUGCAAUAGAAGAGAAGUUGGCAGCUAUAGCAGCUGAGCUCGAAGAGAUCAACAGAAGAAAAGCCGAAGCGGAUAAUAAGUUGGGAGCGAACCUGAAAGCGAUAGAGGAGAUGAAGCAAGCAACGGAAUUGGCUCAGAAGUCAGCAGAAUCUGCAGAAGCUGCAAAGAGAAUGGUGGAAAGUGAGUUGCAGAGAUGGCGUCAACAAGAAAAUGUACAACAUGCUUAGUGGUGAUUUCAUCUGUAUAAAACCUUGUUUUUUUU